GAAAUUUGCAGUGAGAAAACGAAACUGCUGUGCUCACACACUGGCAAUGUUUUAUGUAUGAAAAUUAUUAAACUUUUGCUGUUCCGUGAACCAUGCAAGCCUUUCUAUGAAAUUAUGAUGAUUUUUGUUUAUUUAUUUUGCUACGUAUUUGGUUGCAGUUUUUUUAAUGUUUACGGAUACAAUUUAGAUAGAAGAGUGCAACCCAUGUUUUUUCGGUUAAAACGUUACGAGGAUGUUGACGAUACUAGAAGUGAAGCUAUGCCUGAAAAUUAUCAAACCAGGUCAAAGCUAGUCAAUAUUCCAAGUUUUAUAAAUAACUUAAAAAGCCCACUAAAACCGCCGCAAACUAGGAAUGGACUUUUUGAUUUAUAUAGAACAGAUCCUGGUCAUCUAGAUACGGAACCAUUUGGAUUAAAUUCGGAAGAGCCUGAUUUGUUAAAUAUCAAUAACAUGCCAUCUUUUUUAGAUUUUAAUGAAGAAAAUGCAAAUAAAGUAAAUAAUCGCAUAGAAAGUUAUUCAAGAAAUCCCCUUCAAUUUAAUCUUGUAAAUAAACUACAAAACUUACAUAUCAAUGACUAUGUCCAGUCAAGCAUGGAAGAUCCAAAAACUCAUUUGUUUAAUAGCAUGCUCUUAAAUACGCAACACUCCAGAGAAAGUUUCCCUUUGAAUCAGUUAGAACAAAACCAAAUGUCUUUGAAUAACUAUUUAGUUAGUCCUACAUAUUCAUCCUCUUCGGAAAGUGAUCGCUAUAUAAAUAGUAAUUCGAUAGAUGAUAAUUCAAUGCAUAACAGCGUCAUAAGUCCUAUAGUUCAAAAACCUCAACAAGGUGAUCAAAUUUAUCCAUCGCGCGAUUUAUGGUCGUUAAUGCAUGAAAGAAAAUCCAUUGAUCCGCUAGUAAAAGAUACCAACGAAGUUGAUAAAGAAUUCAGUAACGCAGAUAACAAAAAAGAAAUGACAUUAAAUGAUAGAACAUCGUACUUUAAUACAAAGAAUGAUGCUUCUCUUUUACAAAAUAUAAUAAAGACAAAAAGCAACGAAAAAGAUUAUAAACGAGUGUUUGAUAAUGAAACAAUAGUCGAAUAUAUUAUUGACGACGAUAAAAUUAUAAACAAAACUAAUGAUUUAACCCUUUUGAGCGAUAAUCACGGAGAAUCAACAAACGAUACAUUAGAAUUUAAAAACUUAUUAGAAGAAGCUCGAAAAACUAAAGAACAAAUAGACAUUCUUAGUUCUAAACUGGAAAAAGAUCCAGAAGAUGCCAAUAAAGUUUCUAACGUUUCAAAGAAAAGCAAAACCGAUGAAGAAAGUUUAAAAAAUGAUAUAAACGUUGAAAGAGGUGUUCGGCAAUUGCUGGUAAAACAUUUAAUACAAGUACAAAUUGAAAAUCACAGAAAAGAAGAAGCUUUGGAAACUCUUUUAAGACAUUUUCCAGUAAGCACAAGCGAUUUAAAAACAUGGAACAUGACCAAAGGAGCCCUUAAAGCCAUUAUUAAAGCAAAGUUAACUUUACUAGAACCAGUUGUGAAAACAAAAAAAGCUGUUUAAUCUUCAAGAUCAAAUAGUUAAUUGUAUAA